AUGGUUGAGCCCUUCUUAGGAACCUGGAAGCUAGUCUCCAGUGAAAACUUUGAGGAUUACAUGAAAGAACUGGGUGUGGAUACUGCAGCCCGAAGUGUGGCAGGAUUACAGAAACCGAGCAUCACUAUUAGUGCUGAUGGGGACAUGGUGAGGAUCACGACAGAAAGUCCUCUCAUAAACACUGAGAUCUGCUUUAAGCUGGGAGAAGAAUUUGAUGAAACCACAGCAGACAACCGGAAAGUGGAGAGCAUCGUGACAUUAGAAGGUGGCUCAAUGAUUCACACUCAAAAAUGGCUUGGUAAAGAGACAACAAUCAAAAGAAAAAUAGUAAAUGGAAAAAUGGUAGUGGAAUGUACCAUGAAUCAUAUUGUCAGCACUAGAAUCUACGAAAAGGUGUGAAAAAAAUGUCUACGUCGAUGAACUUGUUCACUAACAGGAAACUGAUACUUGAAGAAGAUACACCUC